ACCUAGCUGGCGAGGCUUCGGGUUGCGCUUGCUAGCUGAGUUCCGCACACUGCGUUUUGUUCCGCGGACCUCACCAGAAGUACUUUCUGGAGAGUCAAAGAUGUCAACAAGCGACUUCUAUCUGAGAUAUUAUGUUGGGCACAAGGGAAAGUUUGGACACGAGUUCCUGGAAUUUGAAUUCAGACCUGACGGUAAGCUGAGGUAUGCAAACAACAGUAACUACAAGAAUGACGUCAUGAUCAGGAAAGAGGCAUACGUACACAAAAGUGUGAUGGAGGAGCUGAAGAGGAUCAUUGAUGACAGUGAGAUCACCAAGGAAGAUGAUGCAUUGUGGCCACCUCCUGACAGAGUUGGCAGACAGGAACUGGAAAUCGUCAUUGGUGAUGAACACAUUUCAUUCACAACUUCCAAAAUAGGUUCCCUGAUUGAUGUCAACCAGUCAAAGGAUCCUGAAGGUCUUCGCGUGUUCUACUACCUGGUGCAAGAUCUGAAAUGUCUCGUCUUCAGUCUCAUCGGUCUACACUUCAAGAUCAAGCCCAUCUAAAAUGUGUAUUUUGCUCAUUUAAUUGCUUUUGCUAAUGUUUCUGUUGUUGAACUAACGCAUUUGUACAUUUGCUUUUGGUGGAACUGUUUUUUAUUUUAAAUAAAGGGUGAGAAAAUC